UAUAACCUGAAAAUGAGAUCCCAGAACCAUUUAGUGCACAGACAGUUCUUUGCUGAGGGUCUUUUGGAUGAUCAGCCCUUCCUGCACUAUGACAGUGAGAGAGACAGGGCAGAGCCUCAGGCACUAUGGGCAAAGACAGUCCUGGGAGCCGAGACCUGGAACACAGAGACCCAAGACUUGGCAGGGAGUGGGAAAAACCUCAGAAUGAUUCUGGCAGAUAUCAUCAGUCUGCAGAGGCAGAAAGAAGGGUCUCAUUCCCUCCAGGAGUCUUGGGGCUGUGAGAUGCAAAAGAACAACUGCACCAGGGGCUUCUGGGAUUUCUACUAUGAUGAGGAGCCCUUCCUCUCCUUUCAUCCUGUGACUCACAGCUGGACAGUGCACCCUUCCUCGGCUCAGACUUUGGCUAUGGAAGUCAAGAAGCACUGGAAAUCGGAUGAUAGUCCAAGCAAGGCUCAAUGGGCCCAUGUGCAAGGAACAAUUUGUGGAAGACUCCAGAGAUAUCUGAACUCCUGGAUAGCCUUCAAUAAGACAAUAGUGUCCCCAGUAGUGACUAUUACCUGUGGUGAGGCCUUGGAGGACACCAUCAACGCCACAUGUUGGGCUUUUGGUUUCUAUCCCUGGAUUAUCUCUCUGACUUCGCUUCAGGAUGGGGAACCACUGAGCCAGGACACACAGCAGUCUGGGAGUCUCUUGCCAUAUGGGAAUGGGACCUACCAGACCUGCGUGUCCACCAGGAUUCCUCAAGGACAGGAGCAGAGGUUUACCUGCCAUGUGCGACAUAGUGGGGAAGAGAGCACUGGCACUGUGCCCUGUGCUCAGGAGCUCACAAAUCCUGAAUCAUCAGCAGAUGGUGAAGAGGAACCAUAA